CGUUUUCGUGUGUUGGCCGGUUUUCAAACGGGAAAACCCUAAUAUUGACUUUAUUUAAAGAUCGCGGCCAGCAAAAUGGGCUAUACCAAAGGAGAGCACGUGUUUUUGGCCGUACAGUUGUACGAUCUACCAUACUGGGGAACAAUCACACCGAUUGUGCACGAUCAAUAUGAUUCGAUAGUGCAGCAAGCAUACCGGAGCUUACUUAAAGUCGAACUCCAAAUGGACAUUGACACAACCAUUACAUACAACUUUGAACGACAGAUCAAAACAAUCGCACGUGAUAGAUACAAUUACCUUUACGAUCCUUUGGAAUCGAUUGACCCGGUGGUAAAAUCACUCUACGAGACCAUUCGGAUGUACGCGACGGCAAUAAAGCAAUUGAAGGAAACAGGACAGAAUUACCGAGAUGGGCGCUUCCUCAGCACAUUCCUACUGGAAAAGGAAUUUCAAGUAUUUGGCGAGCCGUUCUGGAUUGGACCGGAUGGGGAACGAGAUGGGAUCUUUGAUAUUCAGUAUUUUAAUGCAAAACCAACCUAUUCGAGAGCUGCAUGCAGUACAACGAACACAGAAACGACAACCGAAGCGACAAAUUCGCUAUCAUCCAAACUGUGGUGUGGCCCAGUGCCGACGGACGUCUUCCACCCGAUGAACCUGUGUGUGGAUUUCGAGGUGAUAAGUGUGUUGAACGGAUGUCAACCGGCAGUCUGACUGUGGCGGUAGUUGUGCCCAUACUUCUUGUACUGACAAUUUUCAUUGGAAGUUUGGUCCUCUACGUAAAAUUACGGCAUCUACGAUCCCAGUAUGAUCCGCUAUGGUGGCGCAUUCCCGAAGACGAAGUUACUUACGUAACAGGUGGCGCCGUCAGCGGAUCAAAAGUGCAAGCUGCCAAAUCGGCACUUACAAUCUCUCAAACCAGCAAACAAUCGCCAUAUUCCUUCGUGAGCAUGAUGGCGAAUGUGGGUGGAAAGCUGUUGUCUUUGAAAGAUGUCUCCGACGUUGCAAAGUAUCCGAAACCGGAUUUAAUCGAAGAGCUCAAUAUUAUGAAAACAAUGGAUCAUACCAAUCUGCAUCAUUUCGUCGGCAUCGUUGUUCGUAACGAUGGUAUCUGCCAUUUUGUUUCCGGCGAGACCUGUCGUAAAGGAACGCUGGCCGACGUGUUAGAGAACGAGCUAAUCAAGUUGGACUGGUUCUUCAAAAACUCCAUGAUCCGGGAUUUGGUCUCCGGAAUGGCGUACUUACACACAACACCAUUCGUCUCCCACGGAUUCCUGUCGGCUCUGACUUGCUUGAUCGAUUCGCGUUUCACCCUGAAAAUCACCGAUUACGGCAUUUCGUAUUUCCGUCAUCCAUCCGAUUUCGUUCCUCCGCGUCCCGGUAUCGACAACAUGCGUUCAUUGCAGACUUUUCUCUGGAGAGCUCCAGAACUGUUGCGUCAUGCCAUGCCGAUGCGAGGAACCCAGAAGGGAGACGUGUACAGCUUUGCAAUAAUCCUGCAGCAAAUCAUUUUGCGCAGCCCACCAUAUCAUACACCAAACGACCCACUGGAACUAUCGGAUGCUGAAAUAUUGCAAGAAAUCAUCGCGAAUAAUAUUCCUCCAGUUCGUCCGCGUGUUCCCCGCUCUGCAUGCUCCAAUGAGUUGUACGAACUAAUGGAACGCUGCUGGGAUGAAACGCCGGUUAUGCGACCGGUGUUUGCUAAAAUCCAGGACAACUUGCGAAAGAUUGUCGGCAAUGUUGGUGACAACAUUGUGGAUGUGCUUCUAAAGCGUAUGGAGCAGUAUGCCGAUGAUCUCGAGCAAAAGGUCGCCGAUCAAACGCAGCAGUUUUUGGAUGAGAAGAAUCGCUCGGAGGCUUUACUCAGCCAGUUACUUCCAAAGUUCAUAGCAACCCAACUGACGAAAGGCGCUCACGUGGAUCCCGAAGCGUUCGAGUGCGUAACGAUCUUCUUCAGUGACAUCGUCGGAUUUACCACGAUAGCCGCCAGUGGUACGCCCAUGGAUGUUGUGAUGCUCUUAAACAGUUUGUACAUUUUUGUGGACGGUGUUCUGGAGAAAUUUGAUGUGUACAAAGUGGAAACGAUCGGCGACGCCUAUAUGGUCUCAUCUGGACUGCCAAUAAGAAAUGGCAAUCGUCAUGCAUCGGAAAUAGCCGAAAUGAGCCUCGAUUUAUUGAUGCGCAUUUCAACAUUUGUUGUGCCGCAUUCACCGCAGACGCGUAUCGAAAUCCGAGCCGGCGUUAAUUCGGGACCUUGCGUUGCCGGCAUCGUUGGUUUAAAAAUGCCACGUUAUUGUCUUUUUGGUGACACGGUAAAUGUUGCAUCCAGAAUGGAAUCCACUGGAGAACCCAUGAAGAUUCAGAUAACAAGUGACACACGGGAUUUACUGGACGGUCUUGGUGGAUUUCUGAUGAUUGAACGUGGAAGCGUCUCCAUAAAGGGAAAGGGAACAAUGGUCACUCACUGGCUGUUAUCCAAGGCCAAGAUGGUUCUUUGAUACAACUUAUCGAAAUAGUGCUCGAUAUGGUGACAAAGAAAUAUAAUGUGGUGUAAAAUAGCGUCUGAGAAAUGUAUAAUUAUUACGCUGUUUACGAAAGGUACUCUAAAAGAUAAAUUUAAUUAUGUAAGUGCCGGUAAAGGCGAUUGCAUGGCGUCUCAGAAUUGUUGUUCAACGCACUUUUGUAGCGGAGUUAGAAAUGUCAUUCUAAUUUCUGAAUAUUUAUCCUUUGUACAAAUUCUUAUUAACAUACUCGUAAUCUGCAAAAAACGAAA